UAGUUCCAAUUCUUCCUGUUUAGACAUGCGUUAGGUUUCGUUUAGUCGUGAAGGAGGAAGUUCCCUCAUUCAGGUUGUGAAGUCCCUGAGACACACAGCUGCUGGACAUGGCCUCUGCUUCCUACAGGGCUGAGCUCACCUGCUCCGUCUGUCAGGACAUCUUCACUGAUCCAGUCAGCCUCACCUGUGGUCACUCCUUCUGUAGGGAAUGUGUGACCGGCUCCCCAGGACAGAGAGCAUGUCCGUGCUGCCAGGCUGUCUACGCGGCUAAUCUGACCACCAACCUCACCCUGAAGAAGCUGGCCGACACGGCGAAGGAGGACAAGAACAAGGCGAGUUCCUGGAUGUGUGCAGAGCAUGAAGAGAAACUGAAGCUGUUCUGUGAGACCGACCAGCAGCUGGUCUGUGUCAUAUGCAGAGAUGGGGAGGAGCAUAACGGACACAAGUUUAAACCAAUCAAAGAAGCAGCCCAGAUGAGGAAGCAGGGACUAGAAGACACUAUGCAGCUCCUCAUUGGUAAAAAGAGAACCACAGAAGACCUGAUCAAAACACAGGAAGGAGAGAAGACGAAACUCAAGCAGAAGACCCAGCAGCUAAAGGUCCAGAUCAGCUGCCAGUUCGAUGAGAUGCAGCAGUUCCUGAAGAGGAGGCAGAAGGAGAUCCAGGAGGAGUUGGAGCAGAAGAACAAGGAGGCUCUGAAGGAGAUGGAGGUGAAUCUAGAGAGGCUGAAGACCCACCUGUCUGAGGGGAGGGAGAGGGAGAACUGGAUGAGGUCUGAAGGAGAAGUGUCUGAACCUGAAGCCUUCCUGAAGGGCUGGACGGAGAAGAUGACAGAGCAGCCGUCCAGAGCAGCUAAGAUGACGCUGGUACCUGGGUCUCUGUCCUUCAGCCCCUACAGCAGUCACCUGCAGUUCCUCGUCUGGAAGGAGAUGCUACGCUGCCCGACAGACUCAUCAUGGCACCAGGAAAUACAAAUCUGACCGUCUCUGACGAUGGACGCAGUAUGUACAGCCAAUCAUCAUUUGACUUCACACACAACCUUAUGUUUAGAACUCAAUUUCCUACACCAACUAGUUCCCAGAGGUUCUCUUCAGGCCAGCCAGACUGUGCUGUGAGCGCUUCCUUCCC